CCAUUUUCAAAGUUCCUCUCUCUCUCUCUCUGUGUCUCUCCCUCUCUCUCCAAAUUUGCCUUUUCACAGAUAUUUCUAUAGAAUCACAAAUCAAUCUCAAAGGCUAUUUACUUUAUAUUUCUUUACCAAAAAACAACACAAAAAUACAAUCUUUUUGCAAACCCCAGAUUCCCAUAUUCACAGAAAUUUCAAUAGAAUCACAAACCAAUUUCUAAAACUAUUUUUUUUAAUUUGUUAAUAAAAUGGACCUAAAAAUACAAUCUUUUUGCUAACCCCAAGAUUUCCCUUUUCACAAAAAGUUCAUCAAAUGGGAGAAGAGAGCACUUCAAAUGAUAACAAUGCAAAUAAUGAUAAUAAUGGAAGCAGCUAUGAGUCACCAGUUAUAUUGAAUGUGUAUGAUCUUACCCCUGCUAAUCAGUACACUGUUUGGUUUGGCUUUGGAAUCUUUCAUUCUGGUAUUGAAGUCCACGGUAUGGAAUAUGGAUACGGAGCGCAUGACUUUCCCAUAAGUGGCGUGUUUGAAGUGGAACCUAAGAGCUGCCCUGGUUUCAUCUACAGAUGUUCAAUCCCAUUGGGUCGUAUUAAGAUGCCUCCCUCUGAAUUUCAAGCAUUUCUUGAGAAUAUGGCUUCCGAGUAUCACGGGGACACCUAUCACCUCAUUUCCAAGAACUGUAACCAUUUCACAGAUGACAUAGCGCAAAGACUAACAGGGAAAGGAAUCCCCGGAUGGGUGAAUCGGCUUGCCAGAGUUGGUGCUUUCUGCAGUUGUCUUCUUCCUGAGAGCCUCCAAGUGACAACUGUUAAACAGCUUCCCGAGUAUCAUCCUUGUGCAGAAGAAGAUGAGAGUGGGUCAAUGUCAACUGCAACACCCCACGAACCAACUGAAAGCGAAGAUGGUGAUCAAGAUAAGCACUUGUUGUCACCUCCAGUUGGAAGUCGUGAAGUUGCUUUUAUAAGGGAGACCCCGAGGUCAAACGUGCUGCCUGAAUAAGGCUGGAUUGAAGUAUUUCAGGCAUUCCGAUAAGUACUAUUGGUUUUCGAAAGGCUGUGGACAUAUCAAGCAUAUCCGCUGCUCAAAUCACUCGUUUGCUAUAUGAAUUACUAGUUCAUUGAUUUUCAUGCCUUCUCCUUUUGGUUAUUAAGGUUUCCUUAGUGUGCUAGAUGUAGAAGUCAAAAUGCAGGAUUCUUCUCUGUAAUUUAAGCACGCCUUUGUUAGAGCGCAGAAAUAUUCGCUUUAAACAUUCUUGAGCUUGGAAGUUGAAACAUCCCAGUGUUUGUGAAAAUUUGAGAUACUGGACAUCUAUUGAGAAUGUAAAGAUUCUAAGGAGGUAUUCUGAUGUUAUGUCAAUGUGUAACUGUCUGAUUUUUCCAA